AUGCCGUCCUCUCUCUCCAGGCCCUCCCUCUCCCUCCCCGCUCCCUUCCAGGAGCCCCGUCUCGUUUGUCCAGAUGCUCCUCUUACACCCCCAUUGUCUCCAAAGCAUUCUCAUAUCCCAGAUAUCCGCGACGACGUAGACUGCAUCCCCGACACACACAAUCCACACACCCUUCCCUCAGACCUCAUGGACGUCGAUCCAGACGCACCAGAGGCAGAUUCCCCAAUACACCCCAUGCCCCGCCCCCAGCGUCUCCUCGAGGACGAGAAGGAGCAUCUCCAGCGUAGUGGCAUUAAGCUCUCCGAUUUUGAGGUCAGGGGGACCCUUGGCACGGGUACCUUUGGCAAGGUCCUUUUGGUCCGUCACAGGGGCACGCCCUCUUCGCAGGGUACCCAGAGCUAUUUCGCCAUGAAGAUUCUCCGCAAGACAGAAAUCGUGCGGCUGCGUCAGGUCGAGCAUGUCAAUGCAGAGCGUUACAUUCUUUCCCGCGUCCACCACCCCUUCGUCGUUGAUCUUUUCGCCACUUUCCAGGACAGUCUCAACGUCUACAUGCUCAUGUCCUACGUUCCAGGUGGAGAGCUUUUCACUCAUCUUCGUCGGGCCCAUCGUUUCACUCCAGAUGUUACCCGUUUUUAUCUCGCCACUAUCAUUCUUGCCCUCAAGUACCUGCAUUCUUUCAACAUCAUCUAUCGUGAUCUCAAACCCGAGAACCUUCUCUUGGACUCGAGAGGCUAUCUGCGCCUUACCGACUUUGGCUUUGCAAAGAUUGUCGAUGAUCGUACUUGGACUCUCUGUGGCACUCCGGAAUAUCUCGCACCAGAAAUCAUUCAAUCCGAUGGUCACGGCAAAGCCGCCGAUUGGUGGGCUUGCGGUGUUCUGUGCUAUGAGAUGCUCGUUGGUUAUCCCCCUUUCUUUGACGAAUCACCCUAUGGUAUCUACGAAAAGAUCUUGAAUGGGCAGAUUCACUGGCCAAAGAGUAUGGACCGACUCUCUCGUGAUCUCAUCAAAGCGUUCCUAAAUCCGGAUCGCACAAAACGUCUUGGGAACAUGAUCGGCGGGCCCCAGGAUAUUCUUGAUCACCCUUGGUUUAGGGGCGUUGAUUGGGACGCUCUUGAACGCCGCGAAAUCAACGCUCCUAUCAUCCCUCGCACGUCGUCGGUAGAUGAUACUCGUCAUUUUUUGCACCUACCCCUCCCGCCUGCUGAAGAAAUCCCAGGUCUCACUGGCCAAGAGCGCCACUCUACAUUCCAGCAGCUGUUCCAUCCUAGCGCCUCCCAGUUCCUCGAGUUCUGA